CAAGGGUUAAAUCCUGGUUCUCCGACUUUUCUUCAAACUAAACAUGACAACUGAUGUUUUCCUUGUUGGCUCAAAAUCCAUACUGUCUAAAACAUCCCAUUUUUGUCUCCUUCCACUUCCUUUCUGUUUCUCCCUCCCCCCAGGUUAAGAGUGUCCUCUCGUUCUCGUCACAUCUCAACCGUUCCGGCCCACAGCUCCUGCUUUACUUUUGUCCCAAAACAGCAACAGAGGGAGCUGUUGCUUCCUUUAAAGAAUCAGUUGUCUUCACAAUUGUUGCAGCAGCCUGUCUUCACUGUUGCCCUCCCUCCGAUUCACAGUCCUGCCACAGAGGAGCCACCUCCACAUCUCCUUCCCUCCUCCCUCUGUGAGCGCCGCUCUCUUUCCCCCUCUCGAGAGGCGAGGAAGAGGAGCGGAGGGUUGUGCUCCACGCUCCACACCAGAAGUGUGUUUUCGGAUCCACACUGUGCACGGCUGCAGCAGCCAUGCAGACCCGCGUCUGACAGCUGCACUGGCAAAAGGCUGCAGCUCAUCUGAGGGAAGCCGGCGUCUUACUUUGACAAGAAGAUUAAAGAAGACUUACCAGUUGCAGAGAGAGAGAGAGAAGGAGGAGGGGGGGGAUAUAACUGAAAGCCCCCUACCCUCGACUCACUUAACUGAGCAAAAACGGAAGGCUUUGGAGUAUUUAAUUUUUUCUUUCGUUUUAUAUUUUUCUUAUUCCUCAUCGCGGUGCUGGGAGGUGCUUCAUCUUUUCAUAUAGUCUCUCUUUCUGUCAUCUGCCUCCUCAUCUAUUUCUCCAUCUACUUGGUUUACAAUUUCAUAUAUUUAUGACUGAGAGAAAGGAGCGUUCUUUUCAUUGUUUGCCCUCCUUCCACUCCUCAUCGCACCAUUUCUCUUCGGUUCCUCCUUACCAUUUCACCUGAGGCUCAUCCGUCCAUCACCCCCCUCCCACCUCUUGCUGUCUUCAAACUCUGACACGAUGAUAAACUUGGACGAAUUUUCUUCAGACUUUAAAAAAACAAAACCAAACAGCAGCUCCUCAUGAAUGACUUUUUUUCCCCCCUUUCCCUUCUCUUUUGGUCCCUCCACACCCAUUUUAUUUGCGUCACUCUCUUGCGGGAUUCUUAAAUAUUUUUCUAGAGCAGAACGAGGAGCUGGCCGCCGCACAGACGAUCAUGACUGACUAAACUAAGCAAAGACGCAGAGUGACAGAAAGCCCAAGAGGAGACAGGGGAAGGGAAGCGCAGAGAGAAGAAGCGGAGUACAUCUGCUGCUGCUCAUCUCCACGGCAACAGCGCUCCCACACUUGCAGAGUUCUUGAAGGAGACCUCUGCGAGCUGCAUUACCAGCUUUGAAGGAACUGGAUGGAAAGAGGCCUAGUUUUUUCCACACUGACACUCUGACCUCAACUUGAAGAAAAAAAUACUCCUCAGUUCAAUUAGCCUUUUUUUUGGCAGCCAUCAUUCUCCAGCCUCUAUGAAUUCAUUCAACCCAGGUCCACUUUGUGUCAGUUUUUCACACGUGACUUCUUCAGCUCCCAUCCCUUCAUCCGAGGCUAUGAGAGGAGGAGUGGAACCACAGACCUCUCCAUCAUGCCCCUUCUGAAAAGCAGAGCAGAGAUCCGGGCUGGCAAUGUUCAAGGGACGGCAUUUACACUCCUCCACGAUGCUUGUCAGCCUCCCCCCUUCUCCCUCCCACCUCCCGGACAAGCGAUUGGAGUUUCCCUCUCCUCACUAUUCUACUUCUUCAGGCCAGUCGUCCCGCUACCCGCGUCCUCAGCCUCGGUUGACACUUCCCUUCCUGUCCUUCUUCUUGUCUCUGCUCCUCCUUUCCAUCGUUUUAUUGCCGGUCUGCGAGUCUCGGAGGGGUGGAGGUCCAGGAACAGGGCCCGGGGGUUCCCCGGGAGGACAGGGAGGCCACAGGGGUGGCACCAGCCAGAGAGGUGUGAUCAUCCCUCCUCAGUACUCUCCUGGCUCACCAGCGCUCCCCCCUCUCGGUCCUAAAUUGAUUAGCUCCCUCAGCAUUGCUGUCAUUUUGGUGGGGAACUCCAGUGAAGUAACCUUGGGGGCGGGACUUGAGAAAGAGGACUUCCUCCACAUCCCAUACCCCCCCAAAGUCGAGGUGGUCACCAUGAAUGAGACCGACCCAAAGAGCAUUAUCAACCGGAUCUGUGCACAAAUGACCAGGAACUCUCUGCAAGGUGUGGUGUUUGGGGACGACACGGAUCAGGAGGCCAUCGCUCAGAUCCUGGACUUCAUCUCUGCUCAGACACACAUUCCAAUCCUGGGCAUCAGAGGGGGCUCUGCCAUGGUAAUGGCCGCUAAGGACGACCACUCAAUGUUUUUCCAAUUUGGCCCAUCCAUCGAGCAGCAGGCCUCCGUCAUGUUAAACAUCAUGGAGGAGUAUGACUGGUACAUCUUCUCCAUCGUCACCACCUAUUACCCCGGUCACGAGGACUUUGUCAACAAGAUUCGCAGCACCAUUGAGAACAGCUUUGUGGGCUGGGAGUUAGAAGAAGUCCUCCUUCUGGACAUGUCGGUGGAUGACGGAGACUCCAAAAUCCAAAACCAGAUGAAGAAACUGCAGAGUCCCGUCAUCCUCCUCUACUGCACGAAGGAGGAGGCGACCACCAUUUUUGAGGUGGCUCACUCCGUAGGCCUCACGGGUUACGGCUACACCUGGAUCGUGCCCUCGCUGGUGGCUGGAGAUGCAGACCACGUCCCCUCUGUCUUCCCUACAGGUAUUAUCUCAGUGUCAUAUGACGAAUGGGACUACAACAUCGAGGCCAGGGUACGCGACGCCGUGGCUGUCAUUGCCACAGCGACCUCGACCAUGAUUUUGGACCGAGGGCCGCACACGCUGCUGAAAUCCAGCUGCCUUGGGACGCCUGACAAAAAGGGCUCUGGCACCGGCCUUUCCAAGGAAAUCUUGAAGUACCUCAUGAAUGUGACGUUUGAAGGUCGAAAUCUGUCCUUCAGCGAGAAGGGUCACCAGAUGUUUCCCAAGCUGGUCAUCAUUCUGCUGGAUAAGGACCGACAGUGGGACAGGGUCGGCAAGUGGGAAAGAGGCUCCUUGACGAUGAGGUAUCACGUGUGGCCUCGCUUUGAGCUGUACUCGGGAGCGGAGGAGCGGGACGACCACCUGUCCAUCGUGACGCUGGAGGAGGCUCCAUUUGUGAUCGUGGAGGAUGUGGAUCCACUCAGUGGGACCUGCAUGAGAAACACUGUGCCCUGUCGAAAGCAGUUAAAACUCAGCAAUAUGACAGGGGAUUCGGGGAUUUACAUCAAGCGCUGCUGCAAAGGCUUCUGCAUUGACAUCUUGAAGAAAAUUGCCAAAGCCGUCAAGUUCACCUACGACCUCUACCUGGUCACCAACGGGAAACAUGGCAAGAAGGUCAAUGGAACGUGGAACGGCAUGGUGGGAGAGGUGGUGUUAAAGAAAGCCCACAUGGCCGUGGGUUCACUCACCAUCAACGAGGAGAGGUCGGAGGUCAUCGACUUCUCCGUGCCAUUCAUCGAGACUGGCAUCAGUGUAAUGGUCUCCCGUAGCAACGGCACAGUCUCCCCCUCUGCCUUUCUAGAGCCCUUCAGCGCUGACGUCUGGGUCAUGAUGUUCGUGAUGCUGCUCAUCGUGUCGGCCGUGGCCGUGUUCGUGUUCGAGUACUUCAGUCCAGUGGGUUAUAACCGCUGUCUGGCAGAUGGACGAGAGCCUGGCGGCCCCUCCUUCACCAUUGGGAAGGCCAUCUGGCUGCUGUGGGGUCUGGUGUUCAACAACUCUGUUCCUGUGCAGAACCCCAAAGGCACCACCAGUAAGAUCAUGGUGUCGGUGUGGGCCUUCUUCGCUGUCAUCUUCCUGGCCUCCUACACUGCCAAUCUUGCUGCCUUCAUGAUCCAGGAGGAGUACGUGGACCAGGUGUCGGGCUUGUCAGACAAAAAGUUCCAGAAGCCAAACGAAUUCUCGCCGCCUUUUCGCUUCGGCACGGUGCCCAACGGAAGCACAGAACGCAACAUCCGCAACAACUACAGGGACAUGCACACCUACAUGACCAGCUUCCACCAGAAGAAUGUGGACGAGGCCUUGUACAGCUUGAAGACCGGCAAACUGGACGCCUUCAUCUAUGAUGCUGCGGUGCUGAAUUACAUGGCUGGCAGAGACGAGGGCUGUAAGCUGGUGACCAUUGGCAGCGGCAAAGUGUUUGCCUCCACUGGAUACGGCAUCGCCAUCCAGAAAGACUCAGGCUGGAAGCGAGCUGUGGAUCUGGCUAUCUUGAUGCUGUUUGGAGACGGUGAGAUGGAGGAGCUGGAGGCUUUGUGGUUGACGGGCAUCUGCCACAACGAGAAGAACGAGGUGAUGAGCAGUCAGCUGGACGUGGACAACAUGGCGGGGGUCUUCUACAUGCUCGGGGCUGCCAUGAUCCUGUCCCUCAUCACCUUCAUCUGCGAACAUUGGUUUUACUGGCAGCUGCGAUUCUGCUUCAUGGGAGCGUGUUCGGGAACGCCCGGGGUUACCUUUUCCAUCAGCAGAGGUAUCUACAGCUGCAUCCAUGGGGUCCAAAUUGAGGAAAACAAGUCAACCGUAGACUCACCCUCAUCUACUAUCAAGAAGAACAUGAACAACACCCACUCCAAUAUUCUGCGUUUGCUCCGCACUGCCAAAGACAUGACUGCAGUCCCUGGCAUAAAUGGUUCUCCACAUGCAGCUUUGGAGUACAGCCACAGCGGCCGUGAGUCAGCCAUCUAUGAUAUCCAAGAGCACCGGCGCAGCCUGGUGGGUCACCCUGGGGACUGUAAGUCUGUGCCUCCCUAUAUGGCGGAGGACAACAUGUUCAGUGAUUACAUCAGCGAGGUGGAGAGGACUUUUGGCAACUUGCCCCUAAAGGACAGCAACCUGUACCAGGACCAUUACCGGCACCACCACCCGGCCUCGUCACUGGGUAUGUCCGGCCCCCCACCUAAUAGGCCGCGUAGCUUAGGCAGCGCUAGUUCUUUGGAGGGUGGCAUGUUCGACUGCGACAGUUUGGGUGGAGGGGUAGCGCCUAUCUUCACUACCCAACCACGUCCCUCUAUGACCCACAGGAAUACAAGUAAAUUCGACCUGAUUGCUGGACACACCCUUAAGGAUUCUGGUCAAGGCGCAUUCAAAGGAAGCAACGCUUAUGGAAGGUUUUCUUUCAAAGGAGGCGCAUCCAGCACAGGGCUCAUUGGGGGUCAUGAAAGAUAUUGUGGUGGGGGUGGGGCGGGCUCGGGAAAUGAUGACGGGAACAUUCGAUCUGAUGUAUCGGACAUCUCCACGCACACCGUCACCUAUGGAAACCUGGAGGGCAACGCCAGAAGACGUAAGCAGUACAGGGACAGCCUGAAAAAGAGGCCGGCCUCUGCCAAGUGCAGACGGGAGCAGGACGAGAUAGAACUGAACGCCUUCAGAAGGAGACCCCACCACCACACCGUCCACCACCACUUCCCCUACGGGCCUCUGGCUCACCGCACGGUCUCACCUCCCCUGGAGCGGAAAAGGGGAGGAGGAGCCGGUAAUUCUUCACCUUUCUUAUUCCGCAAAGACAAAGACAGCCAGAGGGAUUUCUAUGCGGACCAGUUCCGCUCCAAGGAGGGCAAGGCCAAGUGGGAGCAAGAAGGUGGAAGUGGAGGAAGCGGUGGGGGCGGUGGUAGCGGUGGUGGUAUUUGUCAAAGCUUAGUUCCUGUGGAAGACUUCCUCAAAGGAAAAGGAAAGAAGCAGGAGAGCAAAAGUGGGGUUGGUGCAAUGUCAGCUGGGCAACAAGCCCAAACUUGCUGGGAAAAGGGGGUUUCUGGGCUUGGGGGAGGAGGCAUAGCAGGGGGUGAUUGGGAAUGUCGUAACUGCCACAGUGUGUGUCAUCAUGGUGCAGGUGUAGGAGGAGGCGGCACGUGCCCAGCUAGUGGAGUUGCCGGUGGCAGCAGUCGCCCCAGCUCUGCUACGUGUAAACGCUGUGACUCCUGCAAGAUGCAGCCAAGCAACCUUUACAACAUCAGCGAGGAUAUCAACAUGACGUUCUCUGGAGGGAAGAGCAGCGUAGGACCCAACCAAACCCAAACUCAGGUUCAGCGAAGAAAGCUAGGGCCAGGUGGAAAGGUGUUACGGAGGCAACACUCCUACGACACAUUUGUUGAUCUGCAAAGAGAGGGAGCCAGCCGCAUGGGAGGGGCCGGUGGGGGCGCUGGCGGGCAGUUUCUUCAGCCCCGAAGCGUGAGCUUGAAAGACAAGGACCGUUUCAUGGAAGGUCCUAGCCCCUAUGCUCACAUGUUUGAAAGGUAUGCAGGUGAGAGGGAGUCCCCAUUGUUUGGAGGAGUAGGUGGUGAUAGGACUGCAGGAGGUUCUUCCUUCAGUUUGUUCCGUGGGGGUGAAGGUGGGUUGCAUCGACGUUCGGUGGGAGAAAGAGACCUGAGGGACAGAGAUAGAGCUAUGAUGGGAGGUGGGGGCUGUGGUGGUGGUGGUGGUAGUGGCAGAGGGGCCGGGACUUACUCGUUGUCUAAAUCUCUCUACCCAGAUAAGGUGAACCAGAACCCCUUCAUCCCAACCUUCGGGGACGACCAGUGUCUAUUACACGGUGCCAAACCAUACUACAUCAAAAAACCACAGGCGCAGCAACAGCAACUUCUCAACAACAACCGAGGAGGUGAAUUCCGUGGCUCCAUGGGAGUGACUUCCUAUUUGCCCGCAUCUGCUACAGCUGGCGUGAUGUCUAAUGUGGGCACGAGAUACCCUAAAGAAAUGUGUCUGGGAGGGCCCAUGGGGAACAACCAUGGGGCCAACAAACUUCUUCCUGGAGGCAGGGACACGUUAGGUCUGGGGCAGGGACAGAGACCCUUCAAUGGUGCCAGCAAUGGACACGUAUAUGAAAAGCUCUCCAGCAUUGAGUCCGAUGUCUGAUAGUGAAGUCAAAGUAAGAGGAAAAAAAGACAAAAAGUGGCUAUGAGGGAGAAGUGCAACCCCACCGCAGGAUGAGAUGUUUGCAGAAAAAUGAGGAGACACAAAAGUUUGUGUGUUGAUCCCACUGCAGUGAAAUGAAAAGAGUUGGAAAAACAGUAAAAGCGCUGCUGCAGGAAGCAAAGGAGACGUGUUCGAUUAUGAAAAGACCGGAUUUUGGUGUUGCUCCAACGCAACAGACAGGUCUGGAAAAGACGAAGCACUGGAGGGAGGGAUGCUGGGAGUUGGAAAAGGUGAAAUCAAUUCUCCAAUCUCUUCUCUCUCCACAUGCUGGUAUCUUAGUCUCUCCCUUACAAUUUCUCAAGACCAAAACACUUUGUUUUUCAAUGGAAUUACAAUCAUGAAUGGGAAAUCUAUACUUUUGCUGAAGUAACAGGGUAAGCUAAUAAAAAUUGUAAUGACGAUGUUGAUACUGUCGUUAAUUAUUAUUCCAGUGUUAAAUGACGAUUGAUUUGUAUUGUUUUGAAUUUUUAUUUAUAUAAAUAUUUUAUGUUAUAUAUUUGUAUGAUGUUAUUUCUUAGCUUCCUGACAUUGCAGAAGACCGACUGAUCAAUCAACAGUGCAGAUCUUUUUUGGAUUCCUGUGUUGAACUAUUUUUUGCUCUAAAUUAUCCAUGUUUGCUUUUUUUUUUUUUCUUCUAUUACCGUGAAGUGUAUUUAAAAGGCAUGACUUACAGAGUACUUUGUAUGUACUUGUAAAUUUGUUAGGAUCCGUUUUUUCUUUUUUUGGGCUAAAGAUGUAACAAAAUCAUACAGAUUUUUCAUUGUUUUCAUUAAUUUCUGCUUUACAGUACCAAAAGGGUCUGACAGUUUGAGCUGGAUGUGCCUUAAAAGGACUACCACUGAUUUUCCUAUCGUCUUCUUUAGGACAACAGAUGUACUUGAAACAACCAAUUGCAAUGAAGGAUUGAGGGAUUUAAAGGAUUAGCAAACAAAAAUGAAGAAAAUUCCUACUUAAACGCAAGCUUUUCUCUUUAUUUUACAACACAAUAAAUCUGAAAUACCAGUAAAAUUUCCCCCCACAACUCAGCUCUUUGUAACUGAUGACCCAAAACCUUGCUAUCAUUGUAAAUCUAAUGUAAAUUGCGUUUAAUGUUCUCGUCUUGUUCUCACGCUGCCUCAUUGGGUCGAACUCAAUUGGCUAUGACAUUUGCCAUUUGGGAGUAUGAAAUAAUGGACCCUCUGACGAAAGCUUUUAUUGCUGGAAUGAGCUGUAAAUCUUUUUGUGACUGCUGUAAGAAGGUCACACCUGAGUGAGAGGAGGAGAACAAUGAUUUAACAUUUGCACAAUAGGCCUUUAAAUAGCCUGAUACCAUUUUAGUAUGUUGUUCCUAGCUAAGCUACAAAUGUGCGUAAAGGCUAAAAAAAAAAAAA